AUGAUAUUACGGUUACAAUACUUAAGACAAUCUCAAGAAGACGACAUCAACAACAACAAAAACAAUGACAUGAACAUCAUUUACAUCAACUACAACAACUUCAACAGUGACAACAAAGACAUCAACAAAAAUGACAUCAACAACGAAAUCAACAACAAUAACAUCAACGACAUCGACAAUGACAUCAACAUUUCUACCUCUAAAGGAGAGUGGAGACGAGUGGAGCCGUAUAAACCCUCUGGACCGUGGGUCCUGGAGGACACAGCUGCUGUGUGCAGAGACCUGGACUGUGGCUCUGCUGUUGAUGGAGAAGAGAGAGAUGAUUUUCCACAGAGUCCAGUGUGGAGAGUCUCAUCUGACUGUGUGAAGAAGAAGUCUGCAGUGAAAGACUGUGUCUAUGGUUCAGACUCUUCCUCUUCCUUGGGUGUAGAGGUGGUGUGCUCAGACUUACUGAAUCGUCCGGUCAUCUCUCUGUCUGUGUCUGACGGGGCUUCCCAGGCCCGGCCACAGGGGGUCCGGGUGCUGCUGGGGUCAAAGUUCAGGGUCAAAUGCUCUGUGGAGCCACAGUACCCGGGAGGCUCCUUCCAGCUCCUCUCUCCCACUGGCCCCCUCGGUCAGAACCACACCCUGCCCGCUGUCAAUCACUCCGCACACUUCCUGUUCUCUGACACUGGCUCCGCCCACAAAGGAAACUACACCUGUGUUUACCACCUGCAUGUGUUCAACCACAACUUCUCCUCUCAGAGCCCCAGCCUCCAGCUCUCUCUGGGAGCUCCAGUCUCAGACCUGAUCAUCAGAGUCCUGGUCAUUCUACUGUUGAAGCUCCUCUACAUCCUUCCAAUGUACUACUACUACUGCAAGGUCCGGGCCAGAGGGGGGCGCUAGAGAGAGGACCUGAGGACCUGG